AUGGCCUCUCCGUCUCCCACCGUUUCACCUCUUUGCUGCUCAGUGUGUGAAAUGUUUAGCUAUUCCUCUGCCUCCUUUAGUGAAGACGGUAAGUGCUUAAAAUGUAGUUUAUUUACAGGGCUGGAGGCGAGGCUCAGUCAGUUAGAGGUCCGGUUCUGCCAAUUUGACCAUAAUCCGAUAGCCUCCUCAGCUAACCAGGCUAAGCUAGCGGCGGACCGGCCCAUAGCAGCUGAGGCUAGCCGCUCCCCUGCAGCUCCCGAGCAGCCGGCCAGUCAGGACCGUUGGGUGACGGUUCGGAGGAAGCGUAGUCUUAAAGGGCUCACGGAACACCACCACCCGCUUCAUGUGUCUAACAGAUUUUCCCCACUCAGCGACACACCCGUUGAGAAACCGACCCUGGUGAUUGGCGACUCCAUAGUCAGACAUGUGAAGCCGACUCCAGAGACCAUAGUUAGGUGUAUCCCGGGGGCCAGAGCGGGCGACAUAGAAGCAAAUUUGAAGCAACUGGCAAAGGGUAAUCGUAAAUAUGGUAAAGUUAUCAUCCAUGUGGGAGCUAACGACUCCCGUCUUCGCCAGUCGGAAGUAACCAGAAUGAAUAUUGUCUCGGUGUGUAACCACGCCAAAAGUAUGUCGGACUCCGUAGGUUUCUCUGGCCCCCUCCCCAAUCUGACCAGCGAUGACAUGUUUAGUCGCAUGCUCUCGCUCCGUCGCUGGUUGUAUCGGUGGUGUUCAGAAAACGACGUGGCCUUUAUUGACAAUUGGGAAACGUUCUGGGGAAAGCCCGGUCUGAUUAGAAGAGACGGCAUUCAUCCCACCCGGGAUGGUGCUGCUCUUGUCUCUAGUAAUUUGGCCUGUUUCAUUAGACCCUCUCCCUGA